UGUAAAGUGACAUAAUCGUGAUAUAGAUAACCUCAAAACUUCUCUUCUAAUUUGUGAUCUCUGUAAAUGUUUUAAAGUAUUUGGGGACGAGACAUUUAAAAUAAACGUAUUAAAUAGUUUAAUGUUCAAGUUUUAUAAAUAAAAUGUCGUCGCUUUUACGAUCAACCAAAUUUGUAAGAUAUUUUACCGGAGCCGCAAGAACUUUAAUUUUAAACUCUGCAAAAACAGCUGAAAGCAAUCUCUUACUUAAUUCUAAAGCUUUAAGUGCGGCUAAUAAUGUCCUGUUGAGAGAUUAUGCAACAAAAAAGAGUGAAAGUCUAGAGCCGUUGCUCCAGAGAUUGGAUUCAGAAGUGAGAAGAUAUGGAAGGAUCACUAAAAGGGAUAUUGAUGAAGUGUUUGAUGAAAUACGAGCUAAGCAAGAUAUAACAAGUUCACAGUCAUUAUUAGUUAUCAGAUGCUGCGGAGAACUCGUGCCAGAAGAGCUGCCUCAACAGAGGACCCUUCUAGUUCAAAAGAUAUGGAAUGUUCUAACAGAGAGAGGUAUACCCAUGGAUGUAUCACACUACAAUGCAUUACUACGUGUUUAUAUUGAAAAUGAGCACCCAUUUUCACCAGCUCAGUUUCUAGAUGAAAUGGAGAAGAAAGGCCUACAACCAAAUAGGGUAACGUAUCAGAGACUCAUGUGGCGCUAUUGUCAAGAAGGUGAUGUAGAAGGUGCUACAAAAGUUCUAGAAAAGAUGAGAGAAUUGAACAUGCCAGUAUCGGAACCGGUACUAAAUGCUUUGGUUAUGGGUCAUGCAUUCCAUGGUGACACUGAUGGCGCUAAAGCGGUAUUGGAAACCAUGGCUGGAGCUGGUCUCCAACCUUCCAAUAGAACCUAUGCUCUAUUGGCAUGUGGUUAUGCCAAACAGGGCGAUAUUGCCAAUGUGGAGAACAUCAUUAGUACUGCAAAGGAUAAAGAAAUGAUGUUAGCUGAUAAAGACUUGUUAGAUAUAAUAGAACAUCUAGCGCUCAGUGGUCAUGAGGAUAAAAUUGAACAGAUAUUCCCACAUAUGCACAAAGGUCUGGGCUACAACCAGGAAGUUUGUAACCUUAUCUUCAAGUUACUGAACAGUGGUUUAGACAGCACAGCCAAAAAAGUUAUGAAAACUAUGCCAAAGACAAGCAAUACAGAUGACACACUUUUUAAGGGAGCUUUCUACAUAAAACAUUUGUUAAAACUGAACAGAUCAAUUGAUUCCAUAGUUGAAACUUGUAGAGAUCUGCAGAAUGAAGAACUAAUACCUAAUGCUUUAUACAUAGCUACUGAAUCCUCACUGACGCAGGGUAAAUGUGAGUUGGCUCAGAGACUCUUUGCUGAGAUGGAAAAAGAUGGCGUUGAAAUAAGACCGCAUUACUAUUGGCCACUUUUGGUACAAAAGGGUAAAGAAAAUGAUGAAGAAGGACUCCUUCACAUAUUACGUGAAAUGAGCUCCAAAGGCAUUGCAGUUUCCGGAGAGACCUUAAGAGAUUACAUUAUACCAUAUCUUAUGCAAAACGAUAUCCCCCAAAACGUUAUAGUCAAACUCCAAAUAGCGAAUGUACCCGUCAUUCAUAGCGCAAGGCAGGUUAUGAUCGACUUGCUAGAAUCAGGGAAACUAGACAAAGCCGCGGAAAUUGCGCUGAGUUAUCGGCUAAGAGGUCAAUACUCGCUAAUCACACGUCCACUCAUUAAUUGUUUGAUUAGAACGAAGGAUGUGGAAUCGUUUGUUAAACUCCUUCACGUUGCUAGCAGUCCUCAAACACAGGAAGACGUAUCUAAUGAUGAUAGACCGAGUGAUGACAAUAGUAAUGUAAGUGAAGUCGGGCGCAUUCUUAAAACAGCUGUCAAAAAUACGGCCAGAAAUGAUUUGGCAGAGGAUAUUCUAAGCCAAGCCUUGUCCAAAGGACUGAGGAUUGAUACGUCAUCAGCUGAAGAGAUCCAGAGAUUUCUUGGUGAUAGGAUGACAACUAAGAUAUCUGAAUUACUCUCAAAACUAACGUCUUCGAGUCUGGAAUUAGCACCUUUGGAAUUUGUCAAACGCAAUCAAGGACCGCGUAGUGCUGCUCAGCUGGAGCAGUUGUUGGAACAAUUGAAAGCCAAGGAAGGGAAAAACGUCAAUCGCUUACAAAAACAAGUUAUCACAGAGUACAUAAAGGAAAAUAACGUCGAAAAAGUUUCUAGCAUAGUUGAAGAUUUGAAAAAAUCACCUGAUUUCGAGAUAAAUUUGUCGACUUUGGCAAAAUUAUUUGAAUUUUACUGCGACAAUGAUAUGAUCGAAAAAGCCAUGGAAGUGAAAUCUCAGAUUGCGGCUAAGGACAAGGAAUUUCAAUUGAAUAAAUAUAAAUUGGUACUGAUGGCGAACGCUUUGGUCAGGGCGAAUAGAAUCUAUGAGGCUAUCCAGUUUCUGAAUGAUAAUAAAGGUUCUGAAAAUCCAGAUACCGUAUCAUUCGUAUUAAAAUCUAAAAUCUGGCAGAUGUUGAACAAUUUGGCCGAGCAAAAGGACAUAGAAAAAGUGAAGCUAAUGACGAAAACUCUACUCGAAAACAAUUACGUCGAGCCCAGCAACGUUAUUUUAGGGCCAAGUAUUAAAGUGCAUUUGUUGAAUGAUGACCUCGAGGGUUCGCUCACAGAGUUCGAGCGUUGUUGCAAACAAUACAGAAGUACCCCGUGGAAGGGUGAACUGAUGAAAACUCUUAUAUUGAAAGAAGAUGCGACCAAAUUACAGUGGCUCGCUGAUAUAAGCACUCAGAUUCAUGGCGAAGUUAAUAUCUUGCAUGAUUUAGUGUUAGCGUUCGUUGAAUGUGGUCGGCUCAGACAAGCGAGACGUAUCCUUGAAACACCCGGCUUGCACACACGACAAAAAAGAUUACAAGAUGCCUGCCAGAGAUAUGUUGAGGAAGGAAAAUUCGAAUACUUGGAAGGAUUACUUGAAGCUACAAAGGAAUUGUCCCAUAUUGACCGAUCGAACAUUUUCUAUCAGCUGUUAGUAACAUAUUGUAAAGCGGAUGAAACAGAUAAGGCGUUGGGACUUUGGACUCUAUUGCAAGAAGAAGGUGAAAUUCCCAGCGAGAAAUUCCUUACACACCUUGGAAGUCAUCUGAUAUCCAAAAACAGAGAAGUGCCAUUUGUCAUGCCAGAGAACAAAAUGCAAAAUCAAAAACCAAAGGUCAACGUCCUAAAAGAAAAUGAAACUAAAAAGGAUCAAGAUGUCAAAGAAGCUUCACAGACAGCCAAACAAACAAUAACGACUAAAAUUGAACAAUUAACAAAAGAAGAAAAACUAUCAUCAGCUACAGAUCUCGCUGUCAAAUCCAUGGAAGACGGUGUUUUCCCAAAAUCAAACACACUCAAAUUCCUGUUAAGAAAAUUGGCCGAUGAGGGGGAAGUGGAAAGAAUUAAGGCCUUAGGGAAAUAUUUAGGUGAAACGAAACGCCGCAAAGUUACCUACGAUGAUAAACUCACAUUAGGGAUAUUCAAGCAGGGAGGCGGCUCAGCUCACAUGGAGAGUGUCUUGAAUGCUGUGAACUCUGCGGCAAACGAUAAUGAAAUUGAAGCCGCCCUCAAAUCCUUCCCGAGAAGCAACGCUUUGGCUAACUGCAUCACAAAUGAGGAAAUUCUAUCUAAAUGCAAUAAUGUCGUCGAAAUCGUUGCAUCCAAAGGAUAUCCAUUACCUGCUAAUCUAUUGUGGAUGGAAUAUCUAUUGGCCGGUAAAGAUAAAGAAGCAGACGCUCUAUGGAACAAAUGUCUGCAGAACAGUGGCUCUAUUGUGUUCAGAAGACUCCUCCAAGAGGCACACGUCCGUAAAGAUCCGCAGCUGAUACUCAAAAUGAUAAAAAAAUUGGAAUCCAAUAACAAUAUUUCAGCGACUUCAGUGGGAAACGCUUAUUCUAGAUUGAUAAAUUUAUACCUAACCGAUAAUAACAUCAGCGAAGCUAAGAAGACUCUAGAAAUGGCUUUGAACAAUGGUUUACAAUUGGAUCACAUAAAUCAAUCAAGUUUACGUAAAUUAAAGAAUACGAUGGAAAGUUCUGGACAAAAAUUCGAGUAUUCUAUAUAAUAUUGUAACAAAGUUGUUACACAAUUUAUUCAAGUGUAAAAAUAAUAACCAAAUAUUAUAUUGUGCGUUUGAUUACUUAUUGGACAUAGGACUACAAAUGUACAACCAUAAUUUUUGCAUACUCAUUUCAUAAUUCGAAAAAAAAUUCAUGUGUAUGUGAAAAGGAUGUGUAAUGUUUGCAGAGUAUGUAACAUUUUACAAAAGUAUUGCUGAAUGAUUGAUGUAGCUUUUAAAUUAGAUUUAAUAAAUUAUAGUUAAUAA